CUCAAGACACAAGCAUCAAACACUCGUCAUAAUAAAGAUAAAUGCUGAGCAGUUCUGUCUUACUGUGCUGGGACAGGCUUCAAAGACAGCGGUAAUAACCAUGAUUUGGAGGCUACUGGUAUUUUGGCUCUGCCUUUUUAAUAUAUGGGUGAUGGGGAUAUUGGGUAAUAAAACCGCGACUGUUGACUGGGAAGUCCAACGUUAUGACGGGUGGUAUAAUAACCUUGCGCAUCACAGCACUGGUGCCACAGAUUCUAAACUCCUACGCCUUUACCCAGCCUCUUAUUCGGAUGGGGUUUACCAAGUAGCAGAUCCACCUGAGCUCCCAAACGCACGUGACAUCAGUAACAUAUUAACAAAAGGUCAAUCAGGUCUUCCUUCAGUCCAGAAUUUCACAGUACUUGGAGUGUUUUUUGGUUACCAUGUGCUCUCAGAAAUAAUUUCAACAGUAAAUCCUGCCUGUCCGGCUGAAUUUCUGAAUAUUUAUAUAAGUGCAGGAGAUCCAGUGUUUAAUCCUACAAAUAAUAGCAAUGUAGUUUUGCCUUUUCAAAGAAGUAAAUGGUUUCCGGGUACUGGAAGAAGCCCCAAUAAUCCAAGAGAACAGGUCAACUCAGUUACAACAUGGAUUGAUGGCAGCUCCAUCUAUGGUUGUUCGCAUUCUUGGAGUGAUGCCUUAAGAAGUUUUUCUGGUGGAAAGUUGGCUUCUGGGCCUGAUGGACAGUUUCCUAGUAAUGCAAAACCCAGUCUUCAGAUGUGGAAAAUACCAGAUCCUGCUACAGGUCAAAGAGGAAAUGGAGGAAUAUAUGGUUUUGGUAAUGCCAUGGCCAACGAAAGUCCAUUUAUCCAAGCUGAGAGUAUCAUUUGGUUUCGAUAUCACAACUAUAUUGCACAAAAUUUUUCUGACAGCAACCCUGAUUGGUCUGACGAAGUUGUGUUUCAAAAUGCCAGGAAAUGGGUGAUUGCUACUUACCAGAAUAUUGCCUUCUAUGAAUGGCUGCCAUUAUUUAUAUCAAGCGGGGUGUCGGAGUAUCAAGGCUACAAACAGCAUCAAGACCCAAGUGUAUCUCCAGAGUUUUUGGCUUUAACUUCACAAGUUCUAUAUUCCAUGAUGCCUUCAGGAGUUUAUAUGAGAAAUAACACUUGCCAUUUUCGCAAUGUGACUGGAUUGAAUGAUCAGACCUGGCCUGCUCUUCGUUUGUGCAACAAUUACUGGAACAGAGAGAACCCCAAUCUGCAAACAGCUACAGAUAUAGAUGAGUUGGUGCUUGGCAUGGCUUCACAAAUAGCUGAAAAAGAAGAUAACAUAAUGGUGGAAGAUUUAAGAGAUUAUUGGUAUGGGAAGAUGCAAUAUUCCCGCACAGAUUUAUCAGCUGCUAAUAUCCAGAGUGGAAGGGAUUUUGGACUACCUAGUUACAAUAAUAUGAUGGAAAUGUAUAGCCUACCGCCCCUCCAGCAAUGGGAAGACAUACAGAACCAAGAAAUUAGAGACCAGCUUUCAUCAUUAUAUAUGAGUAACAUACAAAACUUGGAACUUAUUUCUGGAGUCAUGUCAGAAAUCAAUGGCAGUCUUGGAGAUCUUGUAACCAAUGUCACUCUGAAUCAAUUCUAUCGAAUAAGAGAUGGAGACAGGUUUUGGUUUGAGAAUGAAAAAAAUAGAUUAUUUACAAGUGAAGAAAUAGCCAUUAUUCGGGCAACUACGUUCCGUAAUGUUCUACUUGCUGUGAUCAAUACAAACAGUAGUGACAUCCAAGACAAUGUUUUUAUGUGGAAAGCAGGUGACCCAUGUCCUCAACCAAGCCAACUAAAAUCCGAUGAAUUAGAACCAUGUGUGCCUCUUGUGGUUGCACACUAUUUUGAAGGAAGUGGUGCUGGCUUUGGGAUUACCAUUGCAUUUCUCUGUAGUCUACCACUAUGGAGUUUUCUUCUUGCCUAUGCAAUUUCAAAGUCUCAGAAGAGGACCUUCAAAAAAUUUCAAAAGAAAAUAAACAGCAAAGAUGUCAGCAAUGCAAGUAGCAGAGAAGGAUUUCCAGCCACUGAAUGGUAUGGCCCCGGGGAAUCAAAUCAACAAGUUUUGAUUCAGUUCCUCCCAAAUCGAACACUUAAUGUUUUAGGUAACAGGCAUACUAAGGCCAGGUCUAUCAGCUUACAAAGCCAAAAUAAAGUGGAGGUUCUCUUGUCCAACAAUGAUGGAAACAAAGCUCUUUGUCUCAAGAUUCCAAAAGAAUAUGAUUUGGUGCUCUUUUUCAACAACAAAGAAGAGCGAACUAACUUCAUCCAGAAAUUUCAAGAAUUGCUUGAUGGGAGCGGACUCACCCCAUCUUUUUCUGAAUUAAAGGAAAAAACUCUCCUGCAAUCAUCUUUUUCAAAAAAGGAGAGGCAUGAAAUGUUGGAGACCUUCUUCAGACAUUCUCUGUCUCACGUACUUGACAUUCAGAAGGCGGAUGCAGGUGAAUUACAUACAAAGGAUAUAAAUUUACUAAAGUUCGAGAUAUCCAGAGAAGAAUUGUCAGAAUUACUGGGGCUUGAUCAUCAUGCCAGUUUUGUAGAUUCCAUGUUUUCAGUGACUGACAAAGACAAGAAUGGAUUUUUGUCUUUUAAAGAAUUCUGCAACAUAUUGGCUAAGUUAUUAAAAGGUACUGCUGAAGAGAAAUUGCAAUUUAUGUUCUCCAUGCAUGAUAAAAAUGGAAAUGGCAUACUGACUAAGGCAGAAUUUUCCAAAAUGCUUAGAUCCUUCAGUGAAAUAUCCAAUUUCCUAUCAAAAGAUCAAACUGAAAAUGUAAUAGAGAGCAUGUUCACUGAGGCUGGGAUUUCAUCAGAGCAAGAGAUUACCUGGAAGGAUUUUUACGCCGUGUUUAAGGAUCAUGCAAAUAUACUGAAUUCUACAACUCUUCUUUCCAAAGGUUCAGCAGACAACAAGAAAAAUAUUGAUAGAAAUAUUUCAUUUAUAAGUAGAAAUAACCAGGAAAGCAAUGGAACUGGUCAACAAAUAAGUAACGUGGAGCUUGAAGGACAGAGAAUUCGAAACAGAUUCGGAAAUAGGACAAAUGGUAAUAUAGAUCAGCCAAGAAUAUACACUGAAGCAAAAAGAGAGAGAUAUGAAUCCAGCAAAAUCCGCCAAAAGAUUCAGCAACUUAAGCGCUUGGUCGAAAAUUACAGACGUCAUAUUGUGUGUAUAACUAUAUGCUGCGGAAUAUCAGCUGGGGUAUUCGCUGAACGUGGUUAUUAUUAUGGCUAUGCUUCACCACCAACUGGUAUAUCUCAAGCCACAUAUGUGGGACUUAUUGUGUCUCGAGGAUCGGCUGCCAGUGUUUCAUUUAUGUUCUCUUACAUGCUCUUGACGAUGUGCCGGAAUCUGAUAACAUUCCUUCGAGAGACUUUUUUAAAUAGAUACAUUCCUUUCGAUGCAGCAGUUGACUUCCAUCGUUGGAUAGCAAUGAGUGCUGUUGUUCUUUCAGUUUUCCAUACAGUUGGACAUGUGGUCAAUGUUUAUAUCUUCUCAAUCACUCCUAUCAGUAUUCUUGGUUGCGUUUUCCCAACAGUCUUUAUUGAUGACGGAUCAGACUAUCCAGAAAAGUUUUACUGGUGGUUUUUUGAGACUGUACCAGGUAUGACCGGAGUUCUUCUGCUAGUAGUCCUGGCUUUGAUGUAUGUUUUUGCUUCCUCUCAUUUCCGACGUGUUAGUUUCCGUUGGUUCUGGAUAACACAUCACCUCUAUGUCCUCUUCUACAUUUUGACUAUAAUACAUGGCAGUUUUGCUUUAAUCCAACAACCACGAUUUCACAUAUACUUCAUUGCCCCGGCUAUUAUCUAUAUUGGAGACAAACUGAUCAGUUUAAGCAGGAAGAAGAUAGAGAUUGAGGUUCUACAAGUAGAUCGACUUCCUUCAGGAGUAACGCACAUUAAGUUCCAACGUCCAUCUGAUUUUCAUUAUAUGUCUGGACAAUGGGUCAGGAUUGCUUGUUUGAAUCUUGGCACUGAUGAAUACCACCCUUUCACACUGACAUCAGCUCCACAUGAGAAGACAUUGAGUUUGCAUAUAAGAGCUGUUGGCCCAUGGACAACCCGCUUAAGGGAGAUUUACACAUCUCCUGAUGAUCCACUGCAGACAUAUCCAAAGCUUUAUCUUGAUGGACCAUUUGGAGAAGGGCACCAAGAGUGGAAUAAGUUUGAAGUCUCUGUCUUAGUUGGAGGAGGCAUUGGUGUUACUCCCUUUGCUUCAAUUCUGAAAGAUCUGGUAUUUAAAUCAUCAAUCAAUUCAAGGAUAUACUGCAAAAAGGUAUAUUUCAUCUGGGUUACACGCACGCAAAAGCAGUUUGAAUGGCUGACAGAUAUCAUUAGAGAAGUGGAAGAAAAUGACAAAAACAACCUUCUGUCGGUCCACAUAUACAUAACACAGCUUGCUGAAAAGUUUGACUUCCGCACAACCAUGCUGUAUAUAUGUGAAAGACACUUCCAGAAGGUACAAAACCAGAGUCUGCUAACUGGUCUUCGUUCAGUGACACAUUUUGGGAGACCUCCGUUUCUUGGUUUCUUAAAUUCCUUACAGGAUGUCCAUCCUAUGGUAAAGAAAAUUGGUGUGUUCAGCUGUGGCCCUCCUGGAAUGACAAAAAAUGUGGAGACUGCUUGUAGAAAACUUAACAAAAAGGAUGAGUCCUAUUUUGUGCACCACUAUGAAAACUUUUAAGAAUUUCAUGAUCAAUGCUUUGACGAUCA